AUGUCAGGUAUAGGUAUUGAAAACCUCAAUGCUAAACGAAAUGCAUUCUUUCUGCAAAGCUUCUCCAAGCCAAAGACUGAUGGCGGCGAAAGUGAAAAGCAACAUGGUCAUAAUCAUACACAACCUUUAGACACAGUGGAAGCAGAUUUAAAUACAAUUCUAUCACAAUCUUCUUCAGAGCGCUCUGAGACAUUCUAUAAUGAUACUUAUAUUCAAGAGGUAAAUGCAGAAUUGAGUGAAACUAAACCAUGGAAAAAAGAUCCCAAUUAUUUUCAACAUGUUUAUGUAUCACCUUUAGCUUUAUUGAAAAUGACAAUUCAUGCUCGUUCAGGAGGAUCAAUUGAAAUUAUGGGAAUGCUUACUGGUAGAAUUGUUAAAAAUGGAAUCGUUGUUAUGGAUGUCUAUCCUUUACCAGUUGAAGGUACUGAAACUAGAGUCAAUGCACAAGCCGAAGGUUAUGAAUUUAUGGUUCAAUAUCUUGAUAGUUUGAAAAAGACAGGUAGAUAUGAAAAUAUUGUGGGUUGGUAUCAUUCACAUCCAGGAUAUGGCUGUUGGCUUUCAGGAAUUGAUGUUGCUACUCAAUCACUUAAUCAACAAUUUCAAGAUCCAUAUUUAGCUAUCGUUGUUGACCCAGAACGUACUAUUGCAAAUGGUAAAGUUGAAAUUGGUGCUUUCAGAACCUAUACAGAUGAUUAUGUUAAAAAUAAUACUAUGACAACUGCAACCCCUUCAAAGAGUCUGGGUACCUCUCCAUUUGUUAAAAGAUCCCAAUCUAUUAAGAAAAAUGGCCAACAAAACGUGAAAGAUAUACCAAGUGAGAAGAUACAAGAUUUUGGACUACAUUCUUCUAGAUAUUAUUCAUUAUCAAUUGAAAUUUUUAGAAGUAGUGUGGAAAAUCAAAUUUUGAAAAAUCUUUGGAAUAAAUUUUGGAUAAGUAACUUGUUAAGUAAUUCUGAGGAUGUUAAAAAAGAAGAUGUUAUUGAUUUUGAUAGGUUCUUGAAUGAAAAAUUUGAUACAUAUUCCAGAAAGAUAAAUUCAUUAAAAAUAGAUCCAAAUAACUCAGCUCCAAAUUCAAAAGGGAAAAGUAAACCAGCUACAAGCUUUCAAGAAAAAAUUCAAUCGGCAAUAAGUGGUAACAUCCCAGGAGGACUUGAUCAGAUAUUAAACAAGCAAAGAUUAGAAGCACUAUUAACGUCCAAAUAUCUAGGAAGAGCUAAAGGGAAAAGCAAUGUUAGAGAUAGUGAUGAUAGUGAUUCAGAGAUGAAUGAUGAUAGUGAUAUUGAUGUUAGAAAUUUACAAGAUGAUUUGGAAGAUGAUAAUGCAUCGAAAUUAAGUGGAAAGUCUGAUUCUGAUACAUCUGCGUUUAAAUUUUUAAGAGAUUCAAGAAAAAGUCUUACAGGUCUUUCUGUUGCAAGUCCAACUCAACCAAAUUUAAUGAAAUUGAGUAAUCAUCCAAGUAAUACAGCGGUUGACGCUAAUUCUAAACCUGAAAGUUCAGAAGAUUUUAAAAUCAGAAGUGCAGCUGCAGCGGCUAGUCGUGAUUUGGUGACUUUAAAAUUACAAGAGAUUUUAUUUUUAAAUGAAUGA